AUGGGGACUGGAACUUGGCACAUUGCAAACCUCCUGGAGAAGAUGACCUCCAGUGACAAGGACUUUCGCUUCAUGGCUACCAAUGACCUCAUGAGUGAGCUCCAAAAAGAUUCAAUUAAGUUGGAUGAUGAUUCUGAGCGAAAGGUGGUGAAGAUGCUCCUACGGCUCCUGGAGGACAAGAAUGGAGAAGUACAGAAUCUGGCUGUCAAAUGUCUUGGACCUCUGGUGAACAAAGUAAAGGAGCUUCAAGUGGAGACAAUUGUGGAUAGCCUUUGCUCAAACAUGGUCUCUGACAAGGAGCAAUUGAGAGACAUCUCUUCCAUUGGCCUCAAGACAGUCAUCUGUGAGCUGCCUCCUUCUUCAGUCACCAUUGCAAAUUCUGUCUGCAAGCGCAUCACCAAGAAAUUGGUCUCAGCCAUCAAUCAAGGCGAUGUCUCAGUUCAGUUGGAGGCCUUGGAUAUACUGGGUGACCUGCUAUCACGUUUUGGGGGGCUUUUGAUCUCCUUUCAUGCAGAUAUUCUUAGUGCCCUCCUCCCACUCUUGGCAUCACCUCGUUUGGCAGUCCGCAAAAGGUCCAUAAUUUGUAUAGGCCACUUGGUGAUAUCGUGCAAUGCAGCAAUUUACAACAAGUUAUUGGACCACUUGUUUGAGGAGCUUGGUAAGAGUCAGGCAAGUUCCACCACUAGGACUCACAUCCAGUGCCUUGGAGCUGUCUGUAGACACUCUGGGCAUCGGUUUGGUGAGUACUUGGAGCGUGCUAUGCCUCUUGUCAUGAAGUACUGCAGCACUGGACAAGAUGACGAUGAACUGCGGGAGUACUGCAUCCAGGCAUUUGAGUCAUUCAUCAGGCGCUGUCCUAAAGAAAUUGCAGAUCACAUUGAAAACAUUGUCAAUAUUUGCAAAGUUGCACUUUGUUAUGAUCCCAACUAUAAUUAUGAAGAUGAGGAGGUAGAGGAUGGAGAAAAUGGCGGGGAAUCUAUGGACAUUCCUGAUGGAGAGGAAUCUGAGGAGGAAUAUUCAGAUGAUGAUGAUAUGAGCUGGAAGGUCAGACGUGCAGCAGCAAAAUGCCUUGAGGCCUUGACAUCAACUCGACCUGAUAUGCUGUCCUAUUUCUAUAAGUCCAUUUCAGCCCUCCUCAUAUCCCGUUUCAAAGAGAGGGAGGAAAAUGUCAAGUCUGAUAUCUUUGCUGCAUACAUGGCUAUGUUGAAGCAGACAAGGCAUCAUGGUGGAUCUCCCAUGUUAGAAGAGGGAAUGGAAGAUUCAGAAGCCCCCAUUGCUCGACUAUCACAGCAGAUCCCUCAGGUUGUCAAAGCUCUUCACAAGACAUUGAAAGAAAAGAGUGUACGAACCCGGCAGGGAGCAUAUGCACUGCUUUCUGAAUUAGUCUCUGUACUUCCAGGAGCCUUGACAAAUCACAUUCAUGUUCUGGUUCCUGGGAUUCAGUUCUCCCUUGGGGACAAGACAUCCAGCAGCAACAUGAAAAUUGAUACACUCUCAUUUCUUCAUAUUCUCAUGAGUACUCAUCCACCUCAAGUGUUUCAUGCUCACAUACCUGCCCUUCUGGGUCCCCUUGUGUCAGCAGUUAAGGAUCCGUUUUACAAAAUCACAUCUGAAGCUUUGAUGGUCAUUCAACAGUUGGUACGUAUUAUCCGACCACUUGAUGAAGAGGGUAGGAUGGAGUUUGUAAGUUACAUCCAGCCUCUAUAUUCUUGCACGUUGCUGCGUCUCAAAGCAGCUGACAUUGAUCAAGAAGUGAAGGAGCGAGCCAUCUCCUGCAUGGGUGUCAUCAUUGCUAAUCUUGGAGACCAUCUCAACAAUGAGUUGUUCAUCUGCCUCCCCAUCUUCCUAGAUCGGCUGAGAAAUGAGAUAACUCGUCUCACCACCGUUAAGGCCCUAACUGGCAUAGCUGCAUCUCCUCUCAAAAUUGACUUGAAGCUGAUUCUUGGGGACACCAUGCCAAUCUUGGGUUCCUUUUUGCGUAAAAACCAGCGGGCACUGCGACUUAGCACCCUCACUCUCCUUGAUACUCUUGUCAAGAAUUAUAAUUCUAGUAUUUCUCCUGAGCUCUUGCAGAAGGUGCUAGAUGAAGUCCCACCAUUGAUCAAUGACAGCGACCUUCAUAUGACUCAGCUGACCUUCAUGCUUCUCACCACCAUAACAAAAAAAUUCCCAGGAGUCUUGGCAACUGUUGGGAAAGCCAUCAUGCUUCAAGUCAUGAACUUGCUCCUUUCACCUCUUCUUCAAGGUGCAGCAUUAGCUGCACUGCAGCACUUCCUUCAAGCCUUAGUGGCUGCAAAUUUGCCUGGCAUGACUUAUCAUGAUCUCUUGACUGCCUUGGGAAGCUGCAUAGGGAAGAGUCAGAGUGCAUCACACCUGCACAAGCAAGCUUAUCAUUCAAUUGCUAAGUGUGUUGCUGCUCUGGCCACAUCAAAGCCAAAUGAAACACUGAAUGUGGUGAAGAAGCUUCUCCAAGAUGUUCAGAAGCCACAGUCAGAUCCCAUGCAGCUUUUUUCAUUGCUGGCAAUAGGAGAAAUAGGGAAGAACACUGACCUAAGUGCAGUUACAUCACUCAAUUCAGUGAUUAUGGAGAGUUUUGGUUCCCCAUCUGAAGAAGUUAAGACAGCAGCUUCAUAUGCUCUGGGAAAUGUCGCUGUUGGAAACUUGUGUCAUUAUCUUCCCUUUGUCCUUAAUGAGAUUCAGACCCAGCCUAGGAAGCAAUAUCUUCUACUGCAUUCAUUAAAAGAAAUCAUUAGCACACAGAGUGCCAGUCCUGGUGCAGUUGAACACCUGCAGCCAUAUGUUUCCUCAAUCUGGGAUCUCCUGUUUGAAAAUUGUGAGUGUAGUGAAGAGGGGACCAGGAAUGUUGUUGCUGAAUGCCUGGGAAAGCUGACAUUGAUUGAUCCUCACCUUCUUUUGCCAAAGUUGAAAGAGCACCUUUCUUCUGAAAGCCCAUUGAUGAGAAGCACUGUUGUCACUGCGAUAAAAUUCACCAUAUCUGACCAGCCACAGGCAGUGGAUACUUUGCUUCGUCGCUGCAUUGGAGACUUUCUUGCUACCCUAGAAGACCCAGAUAUAGGUGUGAGACGUGUGGCACUCAUUACCUUCAAUUCUGCUGCUCACAACAAGCCAUCUCUCAUCCGAGACCUUUUGGACAGUGUCCUACCCCUGCUGUACAAAGAAACAGUAGUUCGAAAGGAAUUCAUCCGAGAGGUUGAGAUGGGUCCAUUCAAGCACACUGUUGAUGAUGGGCUAGACCUACGGAAAGCAGCAUUUGAAUGCAUGUACACCCUCCUAGAUUCAUGUUUGGAUCGUGUAGAUGUUUUUGAAUUCCUCAAUCAUGUUGAAAGUGGGCUAAAAGAUCACUAUGAUAUCAAGAUGCUCACAUACCUGAUGCUAGUGCGUCUAUCACACCUGUGUCCAAUGGCUGUUCUCCAGCGUCUGGAUCGCCUGGUAGAGCCUCUCAGAUCUACUUGCACACGUCAGGUUAAGGCAAAUUCAGUAAAGCAGGAAUCGGAGAAGCUGGAUGAGCUGAAGCGCUCAGCCAUGCGAUGUGUUGCUGCACUCCAAUCCAUUCCAGAUGCUGACAAGAAUCUGCAGCUGAAUGAAUUCUUGAACACAAUUCGAUCUUGUGCAGAUCUGCAGGUGCUGUAUGAGUCAACUCAGAGAGAUUCAGCCAACAUGGCUCCCUCUGGCUCUGAGAUUGCCAUGGACCUGGGCUGA